AAACAUGAAAGAAAAGGAAUGUUAUCAAUGGCCAAUGUUGGUCCCAACACAAAUGGGUCUCAGUUUUUCAUCACAACCACCCGCACUUCUCAUCUGGAUGGAAAGCAUGUUGUAUUUGGGAAGGUAGUUAAAGGCAUGGGGGUAGUUCGUUCAGUUGAGCAUGUCACUGCCGGUGAUAAUGAUUGUCCCACCUCUGAUGUUAUAAUUUCUGAUUGUGGGGAAAUUCCAGAGGGGGCAGAUGAUGGGAUUGCCAAUUUUUUCAAUGAUGGUGAUAUUUAUCCUGAUUGGCCAGCUGAUCUUGACAACAAUCCUAUUGAGCUCUCUUGGUGGAUGCAGGCUGUAGAUUCGAUUAAAACUUUUGGGAAUGAACAUUUUAGGAAGCAAGACUAUAAGAUGGCCCUCAGAAAGUACCGGAAGGCACUACGCUUUUUGGAUGUAUGCUGGGAAAAGGAAGGGAUUGAUGAAGAAAAGAGUGUAUAUCUGAGAAAGAUAAAGUCGCAGAUAUUCACAAACAGCUCUGCUUGUAAAUUGAAAUUAGGAGAUUUGAAGGGAGCACUCUUGGACACAGAUUUUGCUAUGCGUGAUGGAGAGAACAAUGCAAAGGCUUUGUUUCGCCAAGGUCAGGCACACAUGGCACUUAAUGAUGUAGAUGCUGCAGUCGAGAGUUUUAAGAAAGCAUUGGAGUUGGAGCCAAAUGAUGGCGGAAUAAGAAAGGAGCUUACUGCUGCAAAGAAGAAGGUUAGUCAAACACAUCUUGUCUUGAAAUUAUUGUGCAAUAAAUAUUAAUUUUCAAAUGCUGUUUUACAUAACAAAAAAAUUGCAGAUUGCUGAUAGAAGUGAUCAAGAGAGAAGAACUUUUGCAAGGAUGUUUCAAUAGCGAUUGGGGGUAUCAUAUGCUCAUUUGAAAAUUUCUUUUGGUUGGAACUCAUUUGGUAGUCAUAGGCUCAUUUGGAAUGUUGAACGUCUAUUCGAAUUGUCUUCUACUUUAUUACCAAAGGUUUCUCGAAACGCCUAUAAAAGGAAUCCCCCUUAGUGGCAAAUACAACCUUAUAAAGCUUAGGCCUGGUCAUCUGAACUGUUCUCUGCUAGUUUUUGAAGGACAAGAAUAAUUAUCUUCUGCUUGGCCUGGACAAACUAUUUUUGUGUUGAAUUUUGGUUACUUCCCAAAGUGUUGUAAUUCGAGGAUCUAAAUUGUAACUCAGCAUGAUCAAUCAUUGAAUGCUAUGAACAAUUAUGAAAAAUAUAAUUUUUAAAAGUCGAGUUAUACUUUUAAAGGUG